AUGAAGUAUACGGUCGUCGUUAUAGACGAGGUAUUUGUCGACAUUGGUUACCAAUACGCAGCGCGUAUAGCAUCCGUCCAUUUGGGUCAAUCAUAUCUACCGGCCCUCAUCACCGCCCUAUGUUACGGACCACACACUCAACGGUUAUUUGAGGCAUCGCUGUUGACAUAUUGGGUGAAAGCGGGCAAACAGUUUUACAUUGAUAUUACACAAAUAAUUGCUAAUAAUAACGUUUUGCUAAAUGGUAUGAGUUUGUCCGACUUGUACCUGGACACGAGCACACGGGUCCAGUGCCUAACACUUAUUGAAAUGCAAUCGCUUUUCGAAUAA